AUGGCCUCCACCGGCUACCACCGGUGUUUGAUUGCAUGCGCAAUGUUGGUAGCAGCAGCUCUUUUUGCUCAAGCCAAUGCCAUUCACAUUUAUCUAGAAUGGAAUGUCACCCUUGACAGCACAAUCAAGCCUGUGUCCCAAGAUCAACCUGUGAUCGCCAUUAAUGGAUUGUUCCCCGGGCCACUUAUCAACACCACGACGAAUGAUUUUGUUCAUGUCAACGUCUUCAACAACAUGGAUGAGCCUCUGCUCUUUACUUGGAAUGGGAUACAGCAAAGGCUAAAUUCAUGGCAAGAUGGGGUUUCCGGAACAAACUGCCCAAUUCAACCCGGUACAAACUGGACUUAUGUCUUCCAGACCAAAGACCAGAUUGGCAGCUUCUUCUACUUCCCUUCCAUCAACUUCCACAAGGCUGCUGGAGGAUUUGGACCUAUUCGUGUCAUAAACCGCGACGUCAUUGCCGUCCCCUUCCCCAAACCAGAAGCCGAAUUUGAUCUCCUUAUCGGCGACUGGUUUUAUGACAGCUACAAGAGUACUAGAGCAACGAUGCGCACCCAUCUUGGGGCUUACUACACUAUCCCAGAUAUCACUUUGAUGAAUGGCAAAGGCCCUCUGGGUAACCCCAUGUCAAAAGCAUAUGAAUCCUUCAAUGUCACACAAGGGAAGACCUACAGGUUGAGAAUAUCAAAUGUGGGGAAUGCAUUGAGUUUCAAUUUCAGGAUUCAGAACCACCAGAUGGUGUUGGUUGAAACAGAAGGAUCUUACACUGAUCAGAUUACUUUGGAUUCUCUAGAUGUGCAUGUUGGCCAAUCAUACUCAGUUCUUGUCACAGCAAAUCAAAAUGAUGCUGAUUAUUACAUGGUGGCAUCUCCCAAGUUGAUCAACGCCUCUGAUUUUACCAGCCUUGUGGGCAUAGGGGUCUUACACUACUCCAAUUCAAUCUCACAAGUUAGUGGGCCCCUGCCAGUUGGGCCGGAUCCUUUUGAUCUUCAUUUUUCAGUCAAUCAAGCCAAAUCUAUUAGGUGGAACUUGACUGCAGGAGCUGCAAGGCCUAACCCACAAGGGACAUUCAAUGUGUCAAACGUGACCCUAUCCCAAACCUUCAUCCUCCAAAGCUCAACUGCUGACCUUUAUGACCAAAUACCACGUUAUGUUGUCAACAAUGUGACCUAUAGCACUCCGGAAACCCCAUUGAAGCUCGCGGAUUACUAUGUCAAUGGCACCGGCGUGUACCAGCUUGACGCAUUCCCUGUUCAAUCUGUCAAUGCCGAUGCUUCGUGUGGAGUGUCUGUGGUGACUGGAAUCCACAAAGGGUGGAUAGAAAUUGUGUUAAAAAACAAUUUGAAUGAGAUGGAUUCCUGGCAUUUGGAUGGUUUCGGAUUUUAUGUUGUGGGAUUCGGGAUUGGAGAUUGGACAGUGAAAUCACGUGACACGUACAACCUUUUUGACCCUGUGGUGAGAUCAACAGUUCAAGUGUACCCUGGAGGAUGGAGUGCAGUGUAUGCAUUCCUUGACAACCCAGGAAUGUGGAACUUGAGGUCACAAUUGCUGAAGCACUGGUACCUAGGACAAGAACUCUAUGUGAGAGUUCAUGAUCCUGAUCCUAACCCAGCUAAGGAGCGCCCACCACCUGAAAACCUCCUUCUAUGUGGUUAGUGCAUUGGAUUUCAUGAUUAAUUAAGCUCUUUUGUUUCUUAAACAUAAUUAAUUCAAAAUCCUAAUUAAUCGUUGAUCUUAUUGCUUCUUUUUGCAAUUGCAGGAAUAUUUUCUGAUUCUCCUCCUCCGGCUCCACCUCCACCUCCA